AGGAGAGAAGACGCCCCUUCCUAAAGGCCCUGCUUGCUUGCUUGCACUCUCGAGUUAAUCGCACGGUACAGUUGGCGCCGGUCCGGAGGGCUCCUAAGAAACGCGUCAGGGGUGAAGUCUCCCCAGCCAUGACCUCCACCGGCCAGGAUUCCACCACAACCAGACAGCGAAGGAGUAGGCACAAUCCCCAUUCCCCCCCGCACGACUCCAGCGUCACCUCGAAGCGAGGUGUUAAAAAGGUUGCCGUACUCCGCUCCAGCCCCAAUCUAGCGGAGGUAAAGAAGAAAGGCAGAAUGAAGAAGCUUAGUCAAGCAGCUGAGCAAGACCUAGUCGUGGGGCUGCAAGGGCUGGAUCUGAACCGGGAGGCCAGGACACUGUCUGGCACUGGCUUGGUGUUCGAUGAGCAGCUAAAUGAAUUCCACUGCCUCUGGGAUGACAGCUUCCCUGAAGGCCCUGAGCGGCUCCAUGCCAUCAAGGAGCAGCUGAUCCAGGAGGGCCUCCUGGAUCGCUGUGUGUCCUUUCAGGCCCGAUUUGCCGAAAAGGAGGAGCUGAUGUUGGUUCACAGUCUAGAAUACAUUGAUCUGAUGGAGACGACCCAGUACAUGAAUGAGGGGGAGCUCCGUGUCCUAGCAGAUACCUAUGACUCAGUUUAUCUGCAUCCGAACUCAUACACCUGCGCCUGCCUGGCCUCAGGCUCCGUCCUCAGGCUGGUGGAUGCAGUCCUGGGGGCUGAGAUCCGGAAUGGCAUGGCGAUAAUCAGGCCUCCUGGACACCAUGCCCAGCACAGUCUUAUGGACGGUUAUUGCAUGUUCAACCACGUGGCUGUGGCUGCCCGCUAUGCUCAACAGAAACAUGACAUUCAGAGGGUCCUUAUCGUGGAUUGGGAUGUGCACCAUGGUCAAGGAACACAGUUCACCUUUGACCAAGACCCCAGCGUCCUCUAUUUCUCCAUCCACCGCUACGAGCAGGGUCGGUUCUGGCCCCACCUUACAGCCUCCAACUGGUCCACCACAGGUUUUGGCCAAGGCCAGGGAUACACCAUCAAUGUGCCUUGGAACCAGGUGGGGAUGCGAGAUGCCGACUACAUCGCCGCUUUCCUGCACAUCCUGCUGCCAGUUUCCCUUGAGUUCCAGCCCCAGCUGGUCCUGGUAGCUGCUGGAUUUGAUGCCCUCCAAGGGGACCCCAAGGGUGAGAUGGCCGCCACUCCGGCAGGGUUCGCCCAGCUAACCCACCUGCUCAUGGGUCUGGCAGGAGGCAAGCUGAUCCUCUCACUGGAGGGUGGCUACAACCUCCGCUCCCUGGCUGAGGGCGUCAGCGCCUCGCUCCACACCCUUCUGGGAGACCCUUGCCCCGUGCUGGAGUUCCCUGGAGCCCCUUGCCCGAGUGCCCAGGCUUCGAUCUCCUGUGCUCUGGAAGCCCUUGAGCCCUUCUGGGAGGUCUUUAUGAGAUCAGCUGAGACCCUGGAGGAGGACACUGUGGAGGGGGACAAUGUGGAGGAGAAGGAGGAGGAGGGACCGUGGCAGCCCCCUGAGCUCCCAAUCCUGACGUGGCCGGUGCUGCAGGCUCGCACAGGGCUGGUCUAUGACCAACAGAUGAUGGAUCACUACAACUUGUGGGACAACCACCACCCCGAGAUGCCUCAGCGGAUCAAGCGUAUCAUGUACCACCUGGAGGAGCUGGGUCUUGCUGGGCGCUGUCUCGCCCUGCCCGCACGUCCAGCCACGGAUGCUGAGCUGCUCGCCUGCCACAGUGCUGAGCACGUGGAUCGUCUGCGGGCCACGGAGAAGAUGAAGACCCGGGAGCUGCACCGCGAGGGCGCCAACUAUGACUCCAUAUACAUCUGCCCCAGCACCUUCACCUGUGCGCAGCUGGCUGCUGGCGCCGCCUGCCGCCUGGUGGAGGCUGUGCUGGCGGGAGAGGUUUUGAAUGGCAUUGCUGUGGUGCGUCCCCCUGGCCACCAUGCAGAGCGGGAUGCUGCUUGCGGUUUCUGCUUUUUCAACUCUGUGGCUGUGGCUGCUCGCCAUGCCCAGGCCAUCAGUGGGCGUGCGCUGCGGAUCCUGAUCGUGGACUGGGACGUCCAUCAUGGUAAUGGAACUCAGCACAUAUUUGAGGAGGAUCCCAGCGUGCUGUACAUUUCUCUGCACCGCUAUGAUCAUGGCACCUUCUUUCCUAUGGGGGACGAGGGUGCCAGCAGCCAGAUAGGUCAGGCUGCAGGCACGGGCUUCACUGUCAACGUGGCCUGGAAUGGGCCCCGCUUGGGUGACGCCGACUACCUGGUUGCGUGGCAUCGUCUGGUGCUUCCCAUUGCCUAUGAGUUUAACCCGGAACUGGUGCUGGUCUCAGCUGGCUUCGAUGCUGCCCGGGGGGACCCACUGGGAAGCUGCCAGGUGUCGCCUGAGGGCUAUGCCCACCUCACCCACCUGCUGAUGGGCCUGGCCAAUGGCCGCAUUAUCCUUAUCCUAGAGGGUGGUUAUAACCUGACAUCCAUCUCGGAGUCCAUGGCCGCCUGCACCCACUCCCUCCUUGGGGACCCACCACCCCUGCUGACCCUGCUGCGGCCCCCACUGUCAGGGGCCCUGGCCUCGAUCACCGAGACCAUCCAAGUCCAUCGCAGAUACUGGUGCAGCUUGCGGGUUACAAAGGUCAAAGAUAAAGAGGGACCCUCCAGUUCUAAGUUGAUCACCAAGGAGGCACCCCAGCCAGCCAGUCCUGGGUCAGCCAAGGGGAUGACCAUGCCAGAAGGGAACAUUCUGGAGGCAGGCACGGGGAAGGCCACCUCAGCAACAUCUGUGAAAGAGUCCACUCCAGGCCAGACUACGUCAGAGACAGCUGUGAUGGAGUUCACUCAGGACCAGUCAUCAGAGACAGCCAUGGGCGGAGCUGCUGUGCUGAACCAGGCCACCUCAGAGGCAGCCACAGGGGAUGCCACACCGGACCAGAGCACCUCAGAGGAGGCUGUGGGGGGAGCUGAGCUGAUCCAAAGCCCUCCAGCCUCAUGCGCUGACAAUCAGACUCCUCCAGUGUCACCCAUGCAAGGAGCCACAACCCAGAUAUCCCCCAGUAAGCUGACCGGAAAUCUCAGGACCUUGGAACUAGACAAGGCACAGGAACCCCCAGAAGAGGAGGAGCUACUAGGAGAGGCAGCUGGAGGUCAGGACAUGAAUGAGUCAGUACUGAUGCAGGUCACUGGAUACCAUGCUGACACUGACCAAGCCAUGUUUUAUGCUGUAACACCACUGCCCUGGUGUCCCCAUUUGGUGGCAGUAUGCCCCAUACCUGAAGCAGGCCUGGAUGUGACCCAACCUUGUCAGGACUGUGGAGCACUCCAGGAGAACUGGGUGUGUCUGUCUUGCUACCAGGUCUACUGCAGUCGUUACAUCAAUGCCCAUAUGCUCCAACACCAUGAAGGCUCGGGACACCCGCUGGUACUCAGCUACACCGACCUGUCUACCUGGUGUUACCACUGUCAAGCCUAUGUUCACCACGAGGCUCUCCUAGCUGUGAAGAACAUCGCCCACCAGAUCAAGUCUGGGGAGAACAUGCCCCACUCACACUAAAUCCCAGAGUGCUCCUCUUCUUCACCUUCUGAGACCCAAGAUAGACCAGCCUUAGUUCAUUCCAAGCUAUACCUUUGAUGAGGGGUAGCCUCACUCCAUCCCAUCCUGAAGACCCUUUACAACUCCCCCAGGGUGCUGAUUUAAGUGUAUAUAUUUGUAAGAGGACUGUGAUCGAUUAUAGAUCUCCCACCGCCUGCUCAAGGGACUCCAUCUACUCUGCCCCAGAAGGCAAGGGGAGCAGCUCAGUGACCCCAAGAGGGGGCUGAUAUAAAGAUGAUACUUUGGAGGGAAGGGGG